CCUUAAAUUAUAUUUUAUACCUUCAAGAAAUUUAUAAUUAAAACAUGGGAUUAGGGAGUAAGAGUUUUCAACUUCUGUCCAAGAUUGCAACCAAUGACCAACAUGGUGAAAAUUCUCCAUACUUUGAUGGGUGGAAAGCAUAUGAGAAAAACCCAUUUCACCCUACAAAAAAUCCUCAUGGUGUAAUUCAGAUGGGUCUUGCUGAAAAUCAGCUUUGCUUUGAUCUAAUAGAAGAAUGGAUAAAGAAUAAUCCCAAGGCUUCAAUUUGCACUCCAGAAGGAAUGCAUAAUUUCAGAGAUAUUGCUAACUUUCAAGACUAUCAUGGGCUGCCAGAGUUUACAAGUGCUAUGGCAAAAUUUAUGUCAAAAGUGAGAGGUGGUAGAGUGAGAUUUGAUCCGAACCGUAUAUUGAUGAGUGGAGGAGCAACAGGAGCAAAUGAAUUAAUCAUGUUUUGUUUGGCUGAUCCAGGAGAUGCUUUUCUAGUUCCUACCCCUUACUAUCCAGGAUUCGUCCGUGACUUGUGUUGGAGAACUAGGGUUCAAUUAAUUCCUGUCCAUUGUGAUAGCUCCAACAAUUUCAAGAUAACAAGAGAAGCACUUGAAGUAGCAUACAACAAAGCACAAGAAGAUAACAUCAAUAUAAAAGGAUUGAUCAUAACAAAUCCUUCCAACCCAUUAGGCACAACCUUAGACAAAGAGACACUAAGGAGUCUUAUAAGUUUCAUUAAUGAGAAAACAAUCCAUUUAGUUUGUGAUGAAAUCUAUGCAGCCACAGUUUUCACAUCUCCAACCUAUGUAAGUGUUAGUGAAGUCAUACAAGAAAUCAAUUGCAACCUUGAUCUCAUUCACAUAAUUUAUAGUUUAUCAAAAGAUUUAGGGUUCCCUGGUUUUAGAGUUGGGAUUGUUUAUUCGUACAAUGAUCAAGUUGUGAAUUGCGGAAGAAAAAUGUCAAGCUUUGGAUUAGUCUCAUCUCAAACUCAACAUAUGCUUGCUUCAAUGCUUUGUGAUGAAAAAUUUGUUGACAAGUUUCUCUUAGAGAGUUCGAGAAGGUUAUUUAAAAGACAUGAAAAAUUUACAAAGGGACUUGAAGAGGUUGAGAUCAUUCGAUUUCCAAGUAAUGCGGGACUUUUUUACUGGAUGAACUUGAAAAGUUUGCUUAAAGAGGAAACAAUUGAAGAAGAGUUGAAGCUUUGGCAGGUGAUUAUUAAUGAGGUGAAGCUUAAUGUGUCACCGGGGUCCUCUUUUAAUUGUUCCGAGGUAGGUUGGUUUAGGGUUUGUUAUGCUAAUAUUGAUGAUGAAACGGUUGAAGUUGCAUUGAAAAGAAUAAGAGAAUUUAUAGGCAAAGAAACAAAGAAGAAAAUUGAACAAGUUAAACGUUGGCAACCAAAUUUAAGGCUUAGCUUCACUUCAAAGAGGUUUGAUGAGACUGUUUUGUCACCUCAUAAUCACAUAAUUAUCUCUCCUCAUUCACCACUUGUUCGAGCUACAUGA